AUGGACAAAGAUCAGCCACAGUUUGGUAGAUCUCAUAACUCAACUCCAACUUCCAAUACAAAUUUAAAUUCAAAUACUAACAAGAAUAAUAGGAACAGUGAUAUUCGUAGACUUAUAAAUAGCGGCCCUAUAAACCAACAACAGCAACAACAGCAACAACAGCAACAGCAACAGCAACAACAACAACAACAACAACAACAACAACAACAACAACAACAACAACAACAACAACAACAACAACAACACCGUCAAAGAUAUAGUCGACAUAAUACUCCAACUCCUGUUGCUCAAUAUCAACCACAAUAUCAACCACAAUAUCAACAGGUACCUCAACUCCAAUCUCAAGCUUAUCCUCGACCCAAUAUUCCUCCGUCAAAUCAGAAUUUAAAUAUUUCGAGGACAACUCCGACUGGAACAAUGUUCUCGCCUCGUAUUAGGCCAUCUAGUCCAUUCAGUCAUAACUCUCCUACCUCUGGCGGGGUAGGAGGUUCAAACCAGAGUGGAAGUGGUUCUACUACUGGGACUGGUACUUCGGGCCAACAAAAAAGACAAAGUGCUGCUUCAUCGCCAAAUUCAAACAUAAAUUUCUUGCUUCCUACUCAAAGGCAUACACCAGGAGCAAUAGAACAAAAUGUAAGUUAUACAAGAAGUUUCAAUUCUCCAAGGGGUGGUUCAAAUUCGAGUUCUACGAAUAUAAGAAAGGAUAGUUUGACCAAUAUACCUACACCGCCACUUUUAUCAGCCAAUACUCCACCAUCUCAACCACAACAAACCCAGAAAUCACAACAGCUGCAAUCCCAACCACAACCACCACAGUCUCAAUCAGUAACCGCUAUAACGCCUAUCAAUACAGGAUCCAGUCAUUCACAGGAUGCUAAUGAAGAUGAACGUUUCUUGAGGUUAGCGAGAGAAGCCUUGGUUGCUACUGCAGCAGGGGCUAACCCAAAUGGCUCAGCUCUAGUAGAUCCAACUAUACAAGACUUACUCACAAGAUUGCAAUACGCAGCUUCUCCUCAUGGCAAUCCUAUUGGUCGAGGAAGCCAAAUUACUACUAACCAAAAGGGACAGCUAAACAUUCAAGAUUUCUAUCAACAAUUUCCUAAUCUUAGCAAUGAUAUUUUUCAUCAUACUGAUACAUCUACAAGUAAUGCAAACACUAAUGAUAGCUCAAAUAACAACAAUAAUAAUAAUAAACGAAAUGCUUCACAUCACCCAAGUUCCAAUAGUGACGGUUGGAACUUUUUAAUAGGUGAACCAUUAACUUUUAAAGUAGCUGGUAUUCCCUAUAAUAAAGAUCCAAUUGAUUUAACCACAAGUCUGAAUGAUGAUCGUCAUACAAGUAUUAGUGGAGUAUCUAGGAAAACAUCGAUCGCUGUGUCUGCAUCAUCAUCUAAUAUAGUUUCAGCAUCCUCGUCAUCUUCAGCCAAUAUAGAUGAAAGUGUUCGUAAAUUCCUAUGUGAUAAAUGUUCCAUGUCUUUCCGUAGGUCUUCCGAUUUGAAGCGUCAUGAAAAACAACAUUUAACAAUACCACCGAAUAUCUGUGAGCUUUGUGGUAAGGGUUUUGCUCGUAAGGAUGCACUCAAGAGACACAUGGGAACUUUAACCUGUAAGAGAAAUGCCGAUAAGAAGCUCUAUAUUGAUAAUUUACAUUAUUUACGUGAGAUUAAAAGAUCAGAUAGUCGUGAUGGUGAAGCUGAUACUAAUUGA